UGCGAAAGGAAAACAUAAAGUGAAAAGGCCAAAAAAUACAAUAACGAAAGAAAACCGAAGGAUGGUUAAUUGAUGCUGAACGAGUUUAGUCAGUCCCUAACAAUACUUUAAUAGUUUUUCAUUCCAAUCUUGUGGAGGAAGAGCCAAAGAACUCACGACAAUCCCUCAAAUUGACGUUACCAACAAGAAAAAAGAUCACAGUUUUGAAACACACGCAGAGAGAGAGAGAGAGAGAUAUUCUCCCUAAACAGCAAAAGAAUAAAAAAAUUAAACAUUUGUUUUCCUUCAGUUGCACCUUUUGGUGUCUUUUCAAUUCUCAUCCCAAGUGGUGUUUGUUUUCCCAAUUUUGACCCUUUAUAGUCCUUUUCUCAAAUCUCACAGGUAGCGUUGUUUGGAAUCCGGGAAAAAUGGGUUUGUUUUCUGGGAUUUUUCUGGGGAUGGCAUUGGGCAUAGCAUUGAUGGCUGGUUGGCAACGCAUGAUGACAUACCGUAGCGCCAAGAGAAUAGCAAAGGCAGCUGACAUUAAACUCCUUGGAUCCCUUAACAGAGAUGAUUUAAAGAAAAUUUGUGGUGAUAAUUUUCCUGACUGGGUAUCUUUUCCUGUAUAUGAGCAGGUGAAAUGGCUAAACAAGCAGCUGUCCAAAGUUUGGCCAUUUGUGGCAGAUGCAGCAACAUUGGUGAUAAGAGAAUCUGUUGAACCACUAUUGGAAGAGUAUAGACCUCCUGGAAUUACUUCAUUGAAGUUUAGCAAGCUGUCUCUUGGAAAUGUUGCUCCAAAAAUUGAAGGUAUUCGUGUUCAGAGUCUUAACAAAGGUCAAAUCAUAAUGGACAUUGAUUUCCGUUGGGGUGGUGAUCCCAAUAUUGUCUUGGCUGUUGAAGCUGCCCUUGUUGCAUCAAUCCCUAUUCAGUUGAAGGAUCUUCAGGUUUUCACCAUUAUCCGUGUUAUAUUCCAACUAUGUGAUGAGAUCCCCUGCAUUUCUGCUGUUGUUGUUGCCCUACUUGCUGAGCCGAAGCCUAGAAUUGAUUACACUCUGAAGGCUGUUGGUGGAAGCUUGACGGCACUUCCAGGAAUUUCAGAUAUGAUUGAUGAUACUGUGAACUCAAUUGUUACCGAUAUGCUCCAAUGGCCUCAUAGGAUUGUCGUUCCUCUUGGGGGUAUACCUGUUGAUACUAGUGAACUGGAGCUUAAACCCCAGGGAACGCUUAGAGUGAAUAUAAUAAAAGCGAAUGAUCUAAAGAAUAUGGAAAUGAUUGGGAAGUCUGAUCCUUAUGUUGUUUUGCAUAUUCGACCACUUUUUAAGGUUAAAACGAAGGUUAUUGACAACAACUUGAAUCCUGUUUGGAAUGAGGUAUUUGACUUGAUUGCAGAGGACAAGGAGACCCAGUCACUCGUUCUCGAGGUUUUGGACAAAGACAUUGGGCAAGAUAAGCGAUUGGGAAUAGUAAAAUUACCACUUAAUGACCUGGAAGCAGAAACUGCAAAAGAAUUUGAAUUGAGGCUGUUGCCAUCACUUGACACACUGAAAGUUAAAGAUAAAAAGGAUCGAGGAACCUUGACAAUAAAGACAUUUUAUCACCAGUUUAACAAGGAAGAACAGUUCGUUGCACUAGAAGCAGAGAAAAAGAUACUUGAAGAACGGAAGAAACUUAAAGAGGAGGGAGUUAUAGGAACUACAAUGGAUGCACUAGAUGGAGCAGCAUCAGUAGUUGGGUCCGGUGUGGGAAUGGUCGGGUCCGGUGUGGGAAUGGUUGGGUCCGGUGUUGUUACUGGUGCUGGAAUGGUGGGCAGUGGAAUUGGUGCCGGAGCCGGAAUGGUGGGCAGUGGAAUUGGUGCUGGUGCUGGGAUGGUGGGCAGUGGAAUUGGUGCUGGUGCUGGGAUGGUGGGCAGUGGAAUUGGUGCUGGUGCUGGGAUGGUGGGCAGUGGAAUCGGCGCUGGUGCUGGGCUUGUUGGUAGUGGCAUUGGUGCUGGAGUUGGUUUUGUUGGUAGUGGUCUUGGUGCUGUUGGUAGUGGACUGAGCAAAGCAGGAAAGUUCAUGGGAAGGACAAUCACAGGGCAAGGUGGAUCCAAAAGGAGUGGUUCAUCUACUCCUAUCAAUACGGAGGAGGCUGGUGGUGGUGCAAAACCUCUGCUGCAGUAAUUCCCCCCUGGACACUGCAAGAGUAAUGAAAUGACCUUGAAUGUUUAGUUCAAGCGUUGACAGUAGAUAUAUAUUACCUAUGUUUGUUUUUUUUUUUUCUCGGUAUUUUGAGGCUGUUGUUAAUUGAAAUAUAGAUUGAACACUUGUAGAAAUGUCACUUCAGUUUUAGCUGUACCAUCUUUUUCUGUAAUUAUUUUUCACCUGGACGUGUAAUAAAACUUUCAUUGUAAAAAUUCUUUAAUUUCAUUGGAAAUCAAAGUGAUUCAAAAGGA